AUGUCAAUAAAAAAAAAGACUUUAGUCCCUAUGAGGCGCAUGUCAAAACGCAUUGCUCAGCGAAGCUCUCAAAAUGUUGAAUCUUUGAAAAACAAUGAAAACUUAGGAGAUGGAUUUUCAGAACAAGACCAUUAUAACAGUGACCUUGCAGGUGGGUUUAUUAAGCCAACUUCCAGGACGAGAAAAGCUAAGCCUUCUUUAUAUAAGGCUUCAGUCUCAACAAGUAAAGUUAAAUCAAAAGAUAAAGAAAUGUCAGUUUCUUCAAGAAAACCCCGAAGUUCCGUCCCAAAUUCAAUGCAAUCACCAGCUUUUUUAUCAGAUAGUACUACUGCUAAUACUACUCCUGAAUAUUCAGAAGGAAAUGAUAUUCUUUCUAUUCCCAUGUCUAGCAAACAGGCUAAAGUAAUUGCAAAAUCACUUUCUAGCAAAAGAAAAUAUAGAUCUUUAAUUUCAAGUGAGAGCGAUGACAAAGAUUUCAGUGAUAAUGAUGAUAGUGAUUUUAAGGGCUCCAGCGACAAAGAUCCUGAUUCAGGAUCAGAAUAUGAAGAUGACGAUGUCAAAAUCAUUAAGACAAAAAAAACUGAACCAGAUACAACUAGAUCUUUUAAUCGUCUCCGUUCAUCUUCUAAGUCUAAAACUAUUAGUGACAGUGAAAAUGACGAAUAUGUUAAACCUAAAUCCACUCGUAAAAGAGGAUCUAAAGCAACUACUCAAAAAAAGAGAAACGUUCGAGAUACUUGGAAUGCUUCCUUAUUUGCAAACCACCCGUACUUGCAAACUAUAUUUCAGGAGAUGGAACGAGAGGUAGUGAUCCAGCCUCUUGCCAUUCCUCAACCUGAAGGAAUGACAAUAGAACUCUUGCCUUUCCAAAAAGAAGGCCUUCACUGGCUCAUAGAGCAAGAACGUACUAGGUACAAAGGUGGGAUUUUGGCUGACGAGAUGGGAAUGGGAAAAACAAUUCAAACUAUUGCAUUAUUUAUGUCUGACAAAAAAGAAGAACGCAUAGCUCCUAAUCUCGUUCUUGCACCAGCAGUAGCUUUAUUACAGUGGAAAAAUGAAAUUGAAGCACAUAGCGGUGGAAAACUUUCUUCGCUUGUCUUUCAUGGAAAAGGUACUAAAACUUCUCUUGAAGAAAUAUUAAAGUAUGAUGUUGUUUUAACUACCUACUCGCUGUUGGAAUCUGUAUUUCGUAAACAAGAAUAUGGAUUCAAACGCAAGAAUGGAGUUGUGAAAGAAAAAAGUAUUGUUCAUGGAAUUGAAUGGCAUCGAAUUGUCUUAGACGAAGCCCACAGUGUAAAGCAAAGGCACUCUAACACAUCCAGGGCUGUAUCACUUCUUCAGGCUAAUAAAAGGCUUUGUCUUUCGGGUACACCUCUACAAAAUCGAGUUGGUGAGCUGUAUUCGUUAGUCAAGUUUCUUCAGGUUACCCCAUUCUGCCAAUACUUUUGCAGAAAAUGCCCUUGUGCCAAAUCCACUUGGGACUUUACUGGUAAAUACUGCAAUUCCUGCAACCAUUUUUAUGGUGUCCAUCAUAAUUUCUUUAAUUACUCACUUCUACAUGAUAUCCAAAGACCUAUGAGUGAAGAUCAUAAGGAAGCAAUGAGCAAGCUCCGUCUUCUUUUGAAAAAAAUUAUGCUUAGAAGAACCAAAACAGAACGUGCUGAUGACCUAGGUCUUCCACCACGGGUAGUUGAAAUUCGUCGAGACUAUUUCAACCCAGAGGAAAAAGAUCUUUAUGAAAGUAUAUAUUCAGACAGUACACGAAAAUUCAACACUUAUGUUGCUCAAGGUGUUGUUCUGAAUAACUAUGCCAAUAUUUUUUCUCUUAUUACUCGCAUGCGUCAAAUAGCUGAUCAUCCUGACCUUGUGCUUAAACGCCACAUGACUGGAGCUGGUUUGAUUCAGAAUACUAUUAUUUGUAAACUUUGUGACGACCCAGCGGAAGAGCCAAUCCAAUCCAAAUGUCAUCAUGAUUUUUGCCGUUUAUGUAUUACAGAGUAUUGUGAGAGUUGGUCAGGAGAUCCAGAUAAAUUAGAAUGUCCUGUUUGUCACGUAGGACUUUCAAUCGAUUUACUUGGUCCAGCUAUUUCUGCACCAACAGAAUUCGAUCAACAAGUUAGUGUCAGCAAGAAUUCUAUUAUCAAUAGAAUUAACAUGUCUGGUGGCUGGAGAAGCUCUACCAAAAUUGAAGCUUUAGUUGAGGAGCUUUACAAACUUCGAAGCAAUAAACAAACAAUCAAAUCAAUUGUGUUUUCGCAGUUUACAAGCAUGUUGGAUUUAGUUGAAUGGCGACUUAAUAAGGCCGGUUUUCAAACUGUAAAGCUUCAAGGUAGUAUGUCACCUGCUCAGAGAGACGCCAUUAUUAAACAUUUUAUGACGACCCCUUCCGUCGAAGUUUUUCUUGUUUCUUUGAAGGCUGGUGGUGUAGCUUUAAACUUGUGUGAAGCGUCCCAAGUUUUUAUUUUGGAUCCUUGGUGGAACCCUAGUGUUGAGUGGCAAAGUGGUGACCGUGUGCACAGGAUUGGCCAACAUAGACCGGUAAAAAUUACUCGAUUAAUUAUUCAAGACAGUAUUGAAUCUCGUAUUGUUGAGCUUCAAGAGAAAAAGGCUAGUAUGAUUAAUGCUACUAUUGAUUACGAUGAUGCUGCUAUGCAAAGAUUAACAACAGCUGAUGUUCAAUUUUUAUUUCAAAUUUAA